GUCGUAGACAGCCGCAGAGGCCCUGGACCCCGGCACAUAAGCCAGAUCAACAAGUUGCAGCGACGCCGGCAUGCAAACCUAUGCCCGCCAGCCGGCCAGUCGUACUGCAGCAGCACCAGCGCCAGUGAAACUGUCGGCUGUCCGGCCUCCGUUUCAACCCGAGAAGUCAAGAUUGCCGAAGAACCCAUAAAUCCCAGUCCCGUGCCUUCCACUGUUGUGCCUAUCUCUCGGCAAAUCAUUGUCGCAAAGCAACCGCCCCUUUUCUGUUGCCAUCGGAGACUAUGGCCGGACCGUCCGAGCACCUGUCAACCGUCGCAACGCAUUGCUCAUCUGCGAGCCCAGCGAAUUGUGCCGCAUGGCCACCGUCAGACUGGUAAACACUUUCCACAUCAGUAUCAGCACCAACUCUGUCAUCAUCAACAUCAUCAUCACCAUCAUUAUCAUCAUCAUCACCAUCAUCAUCAUUACCAUCAUCCUCACAGUCAACCAGAGCCCCGAUUCGACUUCUCCCACCAUCAUUACCCUCCGCCAUAUCCUCAGGAUAACAUGCACUUCCUUCCCCUUCAACUCGCCGAUUCAUAUCAUUUUUGCAGGGGUCAGGUUAGUGGAAUCUGCUGUUCAUGUCGACUCGCGGUUGCAAUUUCCUCUGGGUCCUGCGCCCAUGAACGUGGCAAGUCUUCGCCCUCGGAUUCGGCCACCUCAUGUCUGCCUUACUUUUUCUCUAGCCACUCAUCAGCAUCUUCUUCACUCUCCUCCGCCUCCAUCUUAUCCACCGCCUCCGGCCAACAGCCUUUUCUCCACGGUCUGGGCAAACCUGAUCAAGACAUCGUUUUGUCGCGGAUUCCACCUCAGACCAGCAGCACAAGCGACUUAUGCCCGUCGGCUCCGGUUGGAUUUCACUUACUGCCAGGCGCGACGCUCCAAUUGUUAGCCGAAGAGUCCACUUGUGUCAUGGAACUGGUCGAGUGUCGACAGGCCGUUCGGCCGAGUCCGGAUGAACCGAGGGCGACUCGUUCUUGCCUGAAAUCCGACCAAUCGCGGCCAGGAAACAGGGUCUGGACGAGUGUGCCGGUGAGGCAGAAGCGACGAGUCACACUCACGCCGGUCCGGGCGCCCGAUUGUGAGCAGAUGGAAGAGUUGUUCAGUGAAAUCAUGGCCAAGUGA